AUGGUGCAGGCCCAAUUUGACCAAGUUCCUGGUGUGCUGAAAACGACUGUUGGCUACACUGGUGGGAGAAAUGCGAAUCCUUCUUAUGAAUCUGUUUGUGCUGGAGACGGACACACAGAGGCAAUCCAGAUCGAGUAUGAUCCAGAGAAGGUGAGCUACGAUGCGCUCCUGGAUGCCUUCCUGAAAGGCCACCAGCCUAUGCGUUCCAAAGCUCAGUACAAGUCUGCGAUCUGGUACCACAACGAGGAACAAAGGAAGGAAGCAGAGCGCAGAAUGGAGGAGAUUGGGGCUGGACCUGUUGUCGAUGUGGACGAGGCUGUUCGACGCAAUCGUGAUCCAAACACACGAGCUAUCCAGAGUCAAUCCAGAGCCACUUCCGCCCCGCUGCCCGGACAUCUAAGAUGCCUUUGUUAA